AUGAAUCCUGGUGAAUUUGUGUUUAUUCAAGAGAUGGGGACGGGCGCUCAUCGGCCAAAGACCAAAUCUCUUAUCAAGAUGCACGUGAUGGACAGGGUUGUGAUGAAGAGACGAGCUCUAAAAGAAGAAUCCAGCGGUGGUCGCGAUCGUACAGCUGAGUCUAAACGAGAGCAUCAGCCUCUAUCUAUGGAAUCUCACGUUGAGCGCUAUGAUCUAUGGCCUCUGGUUGGAGUAGAUGGCAUGCUUCAGCUCUCAGGCUCUUCUGUUGAGUUCCUCCAUGGUGAUGUUGAAGAAGCCAAGAUACAUUUUCAAGGACUAAAAGGUAUGAUUAGGAGUCGCAAAGGUGUAUUUCAUCUGGGAUUCCAAGGUCUAGCAGCUCGAAUCGUUAGAUGGUAA